UAAGAUUCACCAAGAUAGCCUUUCACUAGCAAGUAAGAUCAUGACCAUUUCUGAAUAACAACAAGCAAGGCAAAAGAGCAUUCUCAAACCUUUACAGCCAUAGAUCUUAACUGCAAAAAGACCAAGAAAAUGAGAAAAGGAAGGAAUGACCAUGUAAAAGAAGAGAAAAGAAAUGAAAAUGAUGGGAUGCAACUCAAAAGAACAAUAGGGUAUUUUAAUGGGGUGAGUUUUAUAAUAGGUAGCAUAGUUGGUGCAGGGAUCUUUGUGUCUCCUACAGGAGUGCUACAGUAUUCUUUACUUAACGUGGGUGUUGCGCUAUGCAUCUGGACUGCCAGUGGAGUAAUAUCUCUGAUGGGUUCCCUCUGUUACGCAGAGCUGGGGACUGCACUACCAUUCUCUGGAGGAGAAUACAGUCACAUAAAGAGAGCACUCGGAUCUCCACCUGCUUUCAUCUUUAUCUGGACAAUGAUGUUUACGAAGCCAGCAUCAAACGCUGCCCGAGCCUUGUUGUUUGCAGAAUAUGCCACCCAACCUUUCUAUGGUGCCUGUCCCGUACCAGACCUGCUAAAAAAAUGCUUGGCUUUGUCUGUUCUUUGGUGUCUGGGGAUUCUGAAUGGAUGCAGCGUCAAAAUGGCUGCUUGUAUUCAGACUGUUUUCACCCUGUUGAAGAUGGUGGCUUUAUCCGUUAUUGCCAUAGGUGGCAUUGUCCUGCUGGUUAGAGGAAGAAAGGAGAAUUUAGCAAGGUUUGAGAAUGCUUUCAGUUCAGAAGUUCCUGAUGUAUCACAGAUUGCAGAAGCUUUUUUCCAAGGAUUAUAUGCAUAUGGUGGUUGGUGGUCCCUCAAUUACAUGGCAGAAGAGAUGAAAAACCCUAGCAGAAAUAUCCCAUUGACUGUAAUGACAGCGCUUCCUGCAGUAACUGCCUUUUACUUACUGGUAAACAUCUCAUACCUGACCGUUCUCACACCAAAGGAAAUUGUCUCCUCAGUUGCUGUGGCAGUCACAUGGGCUGACAGAGUAAUCCCUGCUGUUGCUUGGAUCAUUCCUUUAUCUGUUGCUGUCUCAAUAUUUGGUGCCCUCAACAGUAGCAUGUUUACAUUAGGACGAUUAAGCUAUGCUGGAAGUCAGUCAGGACAUUUGCCUGUUUUAAUAUCCAUGCUGAAUGUUCACUGUUGCACACCAGCUCCAGCCAUGAUUUUUUCAACCAUCAUUGCUUCCAUUUUUAUUAUCCCCUCUGAUCUCAUUGCUUUAACAAAUUACUUUGGAUUUUCCGUGUGGCUCAUGAUUGGACUGACCUGUGCUAGCUUAAUUGUACUCCGAUACCGGGAGCCUAAUCUGCAUCGACCAUACAAGGUGUUCUUACCAGUAGCAUUUGUGAUGGUGGCAAUUUCGUUAUUCUUAGUUUUGGCUCCUAUAAUCUGGUCUCCAAAGAGUUUCACCUUGAAUGUAUAUUCAUGAAUGGCCUAUAACACGCAUGACAUAAAUGCCCAUCUGUCAGAAGAUUCUGCAAGUGGUCAGAGGAACAAAUCAUAUCAAGGAAAGAAAAAGGAGCAGUGGGAAACAAACUGAAAGACAAGAAUCAAGGGAAAUGCCACCAUGGAUGACAAGUAGACCUGCAUAAUUUUGGGAAAGCAGGGCUGGAAGGGUCAUCAUGAGGUUAUCUAGUCUAGCUCCCUGCUUUUGAAAAAGUCCAGGGAUGGACAUUCCACAACUUUUCUAAGUGGCCUAUUUUAGUGCUUCACCACGCUCAUAGUCAGAAUGGUCUUCCUAAUCUCCAAUUUAAAUUUCCUCUGGUGCAAUGUGAAGCCAUUGCUUCUAGUCCUGGCCCCUACAACCACAGAGAAAAGGCUGUCUCUAUUUUCAUUAUUGUCAUGCUACAUUAAGUGGAACAGCACAGGUAACAGACAACAGCUGCUGAGGGUUUACAUAUUAUCCAAAGUGAAUGUGUGGCUAAAUAGGUUUGCUCAAAAUAGGGACAAGGGGCUGUAUGGGGUUGCUCAUAAAAUAAUUUCUUUCACCUGUGCAACAUCAUUUCUUAUUCUUACAUUGAGAAUUAAUUAAAAAAAAAGUAUUCCUAUGGACUAAGGAAAGUCAAGCAAAGUUUACCUUUAGUACUCAAAUUCAAGUCUCAGAUAGAAGAACUUCCAAUCUGCAUUUCUCAGAAAGGAUGUUAUUGUCAUCUUUCUUUGGCCUCUGUCCUAACACAUGAUCUUUCUGAAGAUGUUGAGUUUUUUGCAAAGAGACACAGAAGACAUCUUAUACCUAAACAGGUUCUUAAAAGCAAAUGUAUAUAUUUUAAAUUGGGACAUAAUGCCAUAUCACUUUAUAUGUUGUUGAUGUGUUAUAUGUUUUAUUUUAUUCCUGGCAUUUACAGCAGCCAAAUUUUAUACUUGUCCAUUAUUAGGGACCAGAGAACAUCAUGGAGAUGUCACAUCCCGUAUUGAAAUUUAGAGUACAACU